AUUUCCAGCUUGAACAUUUCCUCUCUGUCUUCUGACUCGCCGGGCGGCUGAUCCAGCUCUCUUUCUAUCUCCUACGGGUAAAGUCAAGGAAUGAUGGAAAAACUUUAUGUUGUUGGAACAAUCAGCGGAGUCAGCGAGCUAAGUUUCUUGCACACUUUUUUCUAUUUUCCCUUUUUUUAAUUCAAUUCAUUAUGCUGGAUAUAUAUGGAUUUUUUGGAAGUUAAUAUCGUACUUCCAUGUGCUUGGAUGAUAAAUUUUUACCAGACAUAUAUGCAUGAUCUUUGUAUACUGGAUACUGUACAUGCUACUAGUCCAGUCUCCGAUUUUGAAUUUUCUUGCUCAUAAUUAUAUUAUUUUAUAUUUUUCAGCAGGAAAAAAAAUGUAGUGCAUUCUAGGCAUCAUUCUUAAGUUAAUGCUGAUAUUGGACAGAAGUGUCUCUUUAUGUUUAUAUAUAUUCAAGCAAAAUUUAGUUUCGUCUGUUUUUUUUUCUUGAAAUAAUUUUGGGGAAUGGGAGGGAGAAGAAGAAAUCUCUGAGGAAAUUAAAACCCGUAAAUUAAAUGAAAUAGAUAGGAAGAUUAACGAUUAAAAAAUUGUAAAAUAAAAUACAACUUCCGAAUCGGAAAAGGAAAAAAAUCGAAACAAUUUCUCCAAUACAUAGUGUUACAUUUACUGCCCCUGGACGCAAUUAACAACCUCUCCGCCUAUCUUUCUCUCUGGUUUUUCUCUCUGUCUAUAUCUCCCUCUCACUCUGGUCUUCUUCCUCAAUCUAGGCUCUCUGUUUCCUUCUUUCUCUCUUUGUUUUCCAUUCUUUAUUCUUCCAAGAAACAUGGAGUUGGGGACACUGAAUGUUGACAUCACUAAGUUCCUGCCAAUAACUGAUGAUCGUGAGUGCUUGACAGUCAGACUUCGAGUAACCCACAUUUAUGAGGGGGUAUUACGCCAUCUUGAAGGUAGGGAAACCGUCUUGAAUCGACUAGAAUUAUUUCCACCUUCUCGUACAGUCUUCUACCUCCCAAUAGACCAGCUCUCACAAUCCACAGACCACCGCGACUUUCUCAACCGACUCACUAGUUUCUGUCUCGGUAGUGGUCUCGGUAGUGGGUUAGCUGAGGAAAUGGCUACUGAAUUGCUCGUUCGUUUCGAAGGGAUAUCCGUUGCCGGCUCCUCCAACCACUUAUCGUUUGACGUGAUGACUGUCUGGACUAGUGUUAUUUUUGAGGAAGUGCUCGCUUAUGAUAGGAGCGAUCUAGGCCAGGCCGAGUUUGAUUUUGGGGGUGGCAACCGGGAUAGUUCUGCAAAUAAUGGGGCAUUGACCUUCCUGCUUGAAAAGCUGAGAGCAGAGCGGAGGGUUGAUCGUACCGACACUUGUGACGCUAUUGAAGGCACCUGUGCUAUAUGUCUUGAAGAUUUCUUGUCGGCCAAGGAGCUGAUUGACAUGCCGUGUCGCCGCAUCUUUCACGAGUCAUGCAUCUUUUGCUGGUUGCGGACGAAAAAGUCCUGCCCCUUUUGCCGUCAAAGGGUUGAUCUAUGAGUGUUCAUUCAUUUGUAGAAAUUUUGCUACGAGUUAGUAAAUUGUCAGAUCAUAUUAUACUUGAUCUGAAAGAUUAGGUUCUUUUUUCUGUCUUAGUAACUUCUCUAUAGGUUGUAAACUUGAACUGUACUGGGUAAAGAAUUUUUCAAAGAAUUUUUGUUUGUACAGAGUUUGUAUCCUAAAUACCGUACACCACA